AUAUCAAACCAAAUUCAAUUUUCAAAUUUGAUUUGAAUUUUAAACGGCUAUUGAUACGAGUGAUUAAUUUAAUUUAUAUUCUUUUGGUAAAUUGUGAAAUUUGCAUUAUACUUACAUACCAUGGCUGAAUUCCGGACGCCAGUAAAGGCAAAAGCAAUUGACAUCGUUGAGAAGAUCACGAUCCCUCCAUCACCGUUCCUUAAUAGACUUGGCUAUGGCACAGGUGUAUCAGUGAUGCAGUUGAUGCGUUCUCCUAGAGCUGGGCAGAUUCGUUCGCCGUGGGCUUUGAAAAUGCUCAACAAGAGAGUGAAGCCCAACAGAGUGUACACUGAGCGCCUGCAGGCCGAGGCUGAUCUGCUGCAGCGGAUGUCUCACCCCAACAUUGUGGGCUUCAGGGCAUUCAGCAAGGGGAAGAUACUGUACCUGGGCAUGGAGGCUUGUGAUCUGUCUCUAGGGGAUAUGAUUGAGAAGAGAUUGGACGAGGAUUGUGAACCAUUUGCUCCAAAGAAAAUAUUGAAAGUGGCAUCCGACAUUGGCAAAGCUUUAGAGUACUUACACACCAAGAUGCAGAUCCUGCAUGGAGACAUGAAGUCCUACAACAUUCUGGUGAACGGAGACUUUGUGGUGUGCAAGUUGUGUGACUUUGGUGUUUCCCUGCCGCUGGACGAGAAUGGAGUCUUUGACAAGGAGAAAUCUGAACAGGCCGUGUAUUUUGGCACAGAAGCAUGGAGCGCCCCUGAGGUGAUAAGCGGUGACACCAUCACCAGCAAGGCUGACAUCUGGCCACUCGGUCUCACACUGUGGGAGAUGAUGAGCCUCAUGCCUCCACACUCACAGACUGAUGACGACACCCUGGACAUGAGCAUGGACAGUCUUAACGAAGAAAGCAUGGUGGACAUCUUCUCUGAGAGAUAUGGAAGUCGGCCCGACAUCCCGGCGAACAUAUCGGAGAAGGCGUACAGGGGCCCGCUGGCGCUGUUCCACUGCUGCACCGAGGCGGAGCCCCGGCGGCGCCCCACGGCGCAGCACCUGCAGCUCAGCGCCGACCACUUCCUGGCCGACUUGUAGACCACUGGCACCUGAGGUUCAAUGUGCGCCAAAGGGCAUUGGCUAGUUUUGUAUGAGGCCGAGAUGAUGAUUUAUAAAAAAAAAAAUUAAACAUAAUCCUACUUCAAAUAAAUUAAUUUUGAAUUUGAAUGUAGUUUGUAAUAUUGUAAUUAAUUAUUAUUAAUUUGUUAUAAAUUUUCAUUUUUAUUUUUAUUUUUUACUUGCCUGAAUAUAGGCUGAAUUUAAUAUUUGGUUAUGGGCUUUAAGUAAUUCUAUGAUUUCCUCCAAAAUGUGUUAAACAAUCUAUCUUUACAACUUUAUUACUUUAAAAUAUGUAUGUUCUAUCUUUAGAUGCGGGUAAUUUUGAGGGAUUUUAGGUUUUAAUAAUAUUUUAUAGGGAAAGUGGUAGGUUUAUGUAAAUAAAAAAUAAAUGUUUAAAACAACUAUAUUCAAGUAACAUAAAUAAAAAUUCAACAAUGUACUUCUUAACAUCUAAAUACCUGUCGCUUCACAAUAUACCACAAUUGUAUACAAAAUUGUGUUUUAUAAUACAUUAUACAAUAUAUAGUGAUAAUGUAUGGUGAAUGUACUGAAAUAUAGUUGUGUUUAUAAAUAUCUUUCUAAAUUGUAUGUAGUUGUCAACUUACACUGAGACAAUGACACGUCUCCUGUAAUGCUGUACUUCAAAACUUAUUCUAUAAUGAUAAUUAAAUAAGUAAUUCGAGAUUGUAGUUUUUAGCAGAUCAUAUAAAACUAGUGCAUCUAUAGAGUACAUCUUCAAAAUAAUAUCUCUAUGGUAGUGAAAUACUAGACCAUAGUCUAGUGAAAAUCUUUUGCCAAAAGUAAAAAGGAAAAAUUAAAAAUUAAUAUUCAAAGCAACUGUAUAGAUGCUUUUUUAUGAUAAUAAAAUUCAUUUUAUAGAACAAAGUGCUACCUUAACACAACAUAAUAUUAAAAAAAAAAUAUUUAUACUUUGUUAAUGAUUACUUAUAAUUUAAGCAGGUAUAUACCUAAUACAUUUUUUAUAUAGUGUACUGCAUUGUUUUAUUGCCACUGGCGUUAUGUGUUGUGCGGAGCAUUUAGUUAUUGUCAUAUUGAUAUAAUAAAUAGUUAUCAUGACACAACUUCUAGUAUAAAGUUAAAGUUUAAUAGUUAUAGCUUGGCAAAUUCGUUCAUAACACUCCGGAUGGCCCGCGGGAGCCGGGAGUGGGGCACUACCCGCGCAGUCGUCCCCUCCCGUCGCCCGCAUAUCAUGGGAGUGUCAUCAACAAACUUGCCAAGCUAGUAGUAUAGUAGUAGUGUACUUAUAAUUAGUAUAAAACCAUACUUCAUGGAAUAAGUGUGUUUCUUUAGAAUAAAAAAAACUGGUGAAAAUGUUUGUUUUAAAAAGUACUAUUUAUAAAAUUACGAGAUUCAAGAAACAAAUUAUUUCCGAUACUAAAAUAUUAACAGUUUGUCUAAUUGACUAGUUAAACUUAAAUGUACUUGUGAGAGUGCCUUACUACUACUUAAAAUAACUUGUAAUAUAGUUUAAAAUAAUGGUCUAUAUUACAUAAAACAUGAAUAUUAUUAUAGUUAAAAAUAAAGAAAUUUAUUCAAAUGUG